AACAUUGCCACUAUUAACAAGUGAAUGCAAAGUUGCGUGGCUGCCGUUUUCAAGUUUUGAUUGAUGUAAAAAUUGGUUAUAGAACAUGUAAAACCUUAUUAAUGACAUUUGUAGUUUUGGGUGUUUUUUUUAUCCUAUUUUUGUAAUUCAAAAUACGCCUUGGUAGCUUUAUAAAAUCUUUUACGUUAGUAAAAUAUUUUGCUGCUGAGUUCUCGUCUGCUCUUUGCUACGGCUUUUAAAAUGGCCACAAUGCAGCAAGCAGCACUGGUACUGCUUGCUGUGGCCAGUCUGUUAUACUCCCAAGUUUCUGGAGAAACCAAACAGAAAGUUAAGUCUGUUACCACCCUGAUCGAUGCAAAGUGGGAAGUUACACCUAUCACUCUUGAAGUGGCCGAAUAUUUAGCAGAUGAAGAUCCAGAUUACCUGUGGAGUUUCAUGGAUCUUGUCAGCAGUAUGCAACCUCAACUUGUGGAACUUGGCAGCGACCGGGAGCGCUACGACGCGGUCCUGCGGCACGCGUCCCGCCUGCUGUCGCCGGCGCAGGUGUCAGUGCUGAAGCUGGGGCUGUCCCUGCACGUGGACUCCCCCAAGGUGGAGAUGUUCAUGCAGAUGGCGAAGGAGCGGGGGGUCCCCGCCACUCACUGCCCCGCUGCCGUGGACGUGCAAGGCCAGCUCAGCUGCUCCGCCGAGGAGCUGGUCCGGCUGGUCCGCCAGGGCCCGGGCGGGCGGGCGCCGGAGCUGUUCGCCGUGGACCACCACUUCCCCGGCUCGCGCAACUGCAGCGUGGUGGCAGUGCUGUACGGCGAGCUGGGCACCCCUGAGUUCUCGCGGCUGCACUCGGCCCUGAAGGAGCUGGCCUCCGCCGGCUCCAUGCACUACGUCGUGCGACACUACGUCCGGGAGCGGCCGGCGCGGCGCGUGCGGCUGUCGGGCUACGGGGUGGAGCUGCAGAUCAAGUCCACGGAGUACAAGGCCCAGGACGACACGCGCGUGAAGGGCGACGGCCAGUCGGACGGCCCCGAUCCGCUGGAGGAGGAGGAGGUGGAGGGCUUCCACUUCAGUCGCCUCAGGGUGCUGUACCCCGACGAGGCGGAGGGGCUGGACGCGCUCCGACAGCACCUGCUGGAGUCCAGCAACGACAUGGCGCCCCUGAAGGUGUGGCAGGUGCAGGACCUCAGCCUGCAGGCGGCCGCCAGGGUGAUGGCGUCGCCGCGCGAGGAGGCCCUCAAGGUCCUGGCCAACAUCGCCCAGAACUUCCCGCUGCAGGCCAAGUCGCUGGCGCGCACGGCGGUGUCGGACGAGCUGAAGGAGGAGGUGAAGCAGAACCAGGAGGGGUUCGCGGCGUCCCUGAACCUGCAGCCCACGGACACGGCCCUCUUCCUCAACGGCAUGUUCUUCGACCUGGACCUGGUGGACUCCUUCUCGCUGCUGGAGGCGGUGCGGCAGGAGCUGCGUCUCGUGGAGGGCCUGCACCGCGUCGGCGUGUCGGAGCCCCUGACGAAGGAGCUGCUGUCGCUGGACGUGGCCAGCUCCUCCGGCCAGCGGGACUACGGCCUGGACAUCCGGGACUCGGCCGUGUUCUGGGUCAACGACAUCGAGCAGGACAAGAAGUACCGGCGCUGGUCCGAGUCGCUGCUGGACCUGCUGCGCCCCACCUUCCCCGGGAUGCUGCGCUCCAUCCGCCGCAACCUCUACAACCUGGUGGUGAUAGCAGACCCGUCCAAGAAGGAGGCCCGGCCGCUGCUGAAGAUGGCCGAGUCGUUCUACGUGCACACGGCACCGCUCCGGGUCGGCGUGGUGUUCGCGCUGACCGCCGACGAGACGGCCAGCGGGCUCUCCGACCCGGGCGUCGCGCUGCUCAACGCCUUCAACUACGCCGCGGAGCAGAAGGACCCGUACGGCGGGCUGAGCUUCCUCACCGACGUGUACGCGGCCGUGAAGGACGAGCGGGACUUGACGGUGGAGGACGUGAAGACGCAGCUGUUGAAGACGUAUCCCUCUGCAGACGUCGAGGACAUCUUGGGAGAGGACUCGGAGUACAACACGGGGCGCCGGCUGGCCAGGGAGUUCCUGGACCGGUCCGGACUGCGCAGGUUUCCCCAGGUGCUUCUGAACGGCAUCCCGCUGCCGGAGAAGUCGCUGAACGCGGACGACUUCGAGGAGGCGGUGCUGUCCGAGAUCAUGAGCCAGACGCCCGUCUUCCAGAAGGCGGUGUACAAGGGGGACCUGUCGGACCGCGACAACACCCUCGACUUCAUCAUGGACCAGCCCAACGUGAUGCCCAGGCUGAACGAGCGCGUGCUGGCGCAGGACAAGAGCCAGCUCCUGGACCUGGGGCGGGCGGAGGACCCCGCCUCGCCCCGCUCCACCGCCGCCCUGCUGGCGCGCCUGCGCUACUUCUCCGACGCCAAGAGGCGGGACGCGGAGGACGAGGGCCUGGUGCUCACGCACUGGGUCGUGGGCGACAUGAGGGCCGCGCCCGGCCGCCGCCUGCUGCGCGAGGCGCUCCGACAGAUGUUGUCGUCCGGCCAGUCGCGGGUGAGCGUCGUCUUCAACCCGGAGCCCGGCCACGGGGAGGGGCCGGACCUGAACAAGCUGGUGUUGGCAGCCCUGGAGGCGCUCUCCCCGCUCCAGGCCAGCCAGUACAUCAUCAAGGUGUUCGCAGACGACGAGCUGGCUGGCGCGAUUGCGAGCGGGGAGAAGGCACCUGGAGACGUCGUGAUUCCGGGGCUGGACGCGGCGGCCCUGGCCCGGGCCUGGGAAGCAGCGGGGGGCAGCGAGGAGCCGGCGCGCCACCGGGAGUGGUGCUCCCGAGUGCUCCGGCUGGCCCCGGGGCAGCGCGCCGUGGUGUCCAACGGCCGGCUGCUGGGGCCCCUGGAGCCGCAGGAGGACUUCACGGGCGACGACUUCGCUCUCCUCGACAAGUACAACAUGAACAGCUACGGGGACAAGCUGCUCAAGGUCGUCGGCAACCUGCCGCCGGACGAGGAUCGGGUGACCAGCGACAUGCUGAUGCGCACCGUGGCUCUCCUCAUGUAUCGUCCACAGACGCGCAGUCGCUUCAAGAUACCGUUCAAGACCGAUGAGCACAGCGUGCUGAAGCUGCCGGCCCGCAGCCCGGCGGAGGCAGCCUUCGACGUGACGGUGAUCGUGGACCCGGUGUCGCGCGGCGCCCAGAAGGUGGUGCCCAUCGUGACCGUGCUGCAGGAGGUGGUCAACUGCAACCUGCGGGUGUUCCUGAACUGCGUGGAGAAGCACAGCGACAUGCCGCUCAAGAGCUUCUACCGCUUCGUGCUGGAGCCGGAGCUGCAGUUCGGGGCGGACGGGCGGCUGGGGCCGGGCCCCGUGGCCAGGUUCGCCAACAUGCCGGCCUCCCCGCUCUUCACCCAGAACAUGCACGUGCCGGAGAACUGGCUGGUGGAGUCGGUGCGGAGCCCGUACGACCUGGACAACAUCAAACUGGAGGAUGUGGACAGCACCGUGCACAGCGAGUUUGAGCUGGAGUACCUGCUGCUGGAGGGACACUGCUUCGAGGCGUCGGUGGGCAACCCGCCCCGCGGCCUGCAGAUCACGCUGGGCACGGAGAGCCAGCCCGUGCAGGUGGACACCAUCGUGAUGGCCAACCUGGGCUACUUCCAGCUCAAGGCCAACCCCGGGGCCUGGCUGCUGCGUCUGCGCCAGGGCCGCUCCGCCGACAUCUACGACAUCGUCAGCCACGAGGGGGCGGACGUGCCGGCCAACUCGAGCGACAUCAAGGUGGUGAUCAGCUCCUUCCGCAGCCACGUCAUGAAGCUGAAGGUGUCGAAGAAGCCCGACAAGAUGCACCUGGACCUGCUGUCGGAGGAGGAGGACCGCACCGGCCUCUGGAACUCCAUCACCAGCACGUUUGGGGCCUCGAAGAAAGCCGAAGAGGAGGCAGAAGACAAGAUCAACAUCUUCUCCGUGGCGUCAGGCCACCUGUACGAGCGCUUCCUGCGCAUCAUGAUGCUGAGCGUUCUGAAGCACACCCGCACGCCCGUCAAGUUCUGGUUCCUCAAGAACUACCUGUCGCCCACCUUCAAGGACUUCCUGCCCUUCAUGGCGGAGGAGUACCAGUUCGAGUACGAGCUGGUGCAGUACAAGUGGCCGCGCUGGCUCCACCAGCAGACGGAGAAGCAGCGCAUCAUCUGGGGCUACAAGAUCCUGUUCCUGGACGUGCUCUUCCCGCUCGACGUCAGGAAGAUCAUCUUCGUGGACGCCGACCAGGUGGUGCGCGCGGACAUGAAGGAGCUGGUGGACCUGGACCUGGGCGGAGCGCCCUACGCCUACACGCCCUUCUGCGACAGCCGCGCCGAGAUGGACGGGUUCCGCUUCUGGCGGCACGGCUACUGGCGCAACCACCUGCAGGGCCGGCGCUACCACAUCAGCGCGCUCUACGUGGUGGACCUGCGGCGCUUCCGCAGGGUGGCGGCCGGGGACCGCCUGCGCGGGCAGUACCAGGCGCUGAGCCAGGACCCCAACUCGCUCUCCAACCUCGACCAGGACCUGCCCAACAACAUGAUCCACCAGGUGGCCCUCAAGUCCCUGCCGCAGGAGUGGCUGUGGUGCGAGACGUGGUGCGACGACGCCUCCAAGCCGCUCGCCAAGACCAUCGACCUGUGCAACAACCCGCUGACGAAGGAGGCCAAGCUGACGGCGGCCAUGAGGAUAGUGGAGGAGUGGAAGGACUACGACGCCGAGAUCAAGCGGCUGCAAGCCAAGAUAGACGACCUUCACUCCGAGGACCUGCAGCACUCCCCGCACGCACUGCCAGGUGACCACCGGCCGCACUCGGAGUUAUGAUGCCACAGCUCCCGUGACACCGUGAUCAAGUGUGGUGUCACGACAGCACUGCUGUCGUGAAGUGGACACAACUGUGCUGUGCCCGCGCCGUCGUCUUGUGUAGAGACACAUCCUGUUCCGUGAGCAAGCCCGGUGGUCGAGGACAUUGUUCGCCGUGCCGUGGCCUCGGGGACCACGGGCCGUGUGGCUGGCCGGCGCAGACGAGCAGCGCGGGCGGGCGAUUCUUCUGUGAUUCCCGAAGCUGAUCUGCUUCAGAAGCAGCGUUUAUUUCCUGGGGCGUAGUUAUUUAUUACAAGCAAGGUUCAUUUUUAAACUGUACAAUAUUUUAUUUUAAACUUUAGAGGUGAAACAAAGCUUGACGGCCGAAUUGUAACGUACGACGUGACGAAACAGUUUAACAGCUAUCUGUAGAGUUAUCUGAUGGCUUGGCCUCAGUGUGAGGUUAAUUUUUUUGAGUGGAUUUUGUACAUUCGUGGGAGCAUAAAUAAGUUUCGCAAGACUAAAAGUGGUAGUGAGAGUAGCAAAACUAGUUUUGUGCAUGCAUGUUCAGUGUAUGUUACUUGUGAUCAUGCAUGCAUUUGCAAACUUAAUUCCAGGAACCAUGCAUUAUUUUUCAUACUUCAUACUUUGAAGUUGUUAUAAGUUAAAAUCUCAGAUCAGUAUACUUUUCAGAAAUGGUCCUGUUAUGGUAAAUACAAAUACUUGGUUAGAAAAAGUUGUAUUUUAUUUUCACAUUAAAAUAUGUUAUUUUUGAAGUAUGAUCAUAAAAAUACCCUUGCUUCCAUUGUGUUAAAAUAUUGCUAUAUUUGAAAUUUUUUAACAAUUUAGUUUCAGUUUUAGGAGAAAAGUUUUUUUAUAAGUCACAAUGCAAUAGUACGAUCUCUUUUUUUAAUGCAAACGUUGUCAUAAAAUAUUUUUGAGUUUUGAUAUUCAAUACGUAUUUAUUAGAGUACAAAAUCAAAUUACUUUUGAUUCACUCCGUGUAAGGAAUCGAAUGACGUGCUCUGUGCGUGAGACAGAGGGUUGCCAGCCCUGGUCCCGUGGGCGCAAACAAGAACAUCAGGCCAGUUGACGUACCAACCAGGGUUUGCCGUGGGUUUUUUUGGUCCGGGAGACAUUCACCCGUGAGCAGACAUGCCGAGUAGACGUCUUUACGGACGGUCAGAGCUCGGUUCGAACCUGUGUGAACCGAGUCCAAACACUGAACUCACAGCGGGAAGUGCAAACAGCCCAAUAUGUUAUCCACCUAAAAAAAUGAACUCAAAAGAUAAACUAAACUAUACACACCUUGAAUGAUUUUACUGAUGCAGUGAAGCCAUUUUAUUGUAUCCUGCUUAUUAACUUUCUCUUGCUCUCCACUUCACUGGUUGGAAAUCCCAGGAUUUCAUUGAUAAAUAAGAGUAAGGUGUGAAUUUCCUUUGUGUAACAUUUCUGCUGUAGCAUUUUCCACUUGUGUGUGAAGCAGGCGUUAGUCAGGAAAUACUAAGAAUUAAUCUGUGACCGUCAUUGGAUGGUUGUACUUGUCCGAAGGGCAGGGUCUGGCCUUGUGCUGUGCUGUCUGAAGGGUUGUUCGCAAGAGAACGUAUUUUUAAAAAUAAUUCAAGGAUUUCUUUAAUAUUACUUAAUCUGUAUUAAAUAUAGUUUUGUUUGCUGUAGUGCAAAGUUCAAAGAUCAUUGUAAUUAAUGAACUGUGUAAGGGGCAUUUUCUCAAGGGGUUGCUAAAAGUAUCAAGCAAUUUUUUUUUUUUAAUAUAUUUUUUUUUUAAUUUAGCUUAAAUAAAAACAUUUUGUUGUUUGAUUUUUGCUAAUUUAAGUUUUACUAUACAUUCUUCCCUCUUACUCACGUGCGAGAUAUUUUACACAUGUCGCUAUUUUACUAUUUAGUUUUGCAAGCGCUGUAGGUAUGGCAUUACGUGAGGCAUAUACAUAACUACGUAGUCCUGUUCAGAACAAUACAGUUUUCAUAACAGCGUUUAGUCACUACUUUUUUCAGUAUAGCUGUUAUUUCUAGUUUUUCAAAUUAAAUUUCAGUGAAACAAUAUUGAAUGGUUUACAUGUUUUGAACAAAGGUAACUUGAUAAACAGGAAACACUUAUAAGCAAAAAAAUAUAACUAAAAAAAUUUGUAAUUUGUUUUAACCAAUCUUUAAAUUUUACAAUGAUUUUUAAUUUUUUUUUAAUAUCUUCUUUAAUUUUAAGGUGGGUGGAAUGUUUCUAUUGCUCAUAAAUUUUGUUACGUAUAACACUUUGCCUUGAUAAAUGUUGUGUAGAGUUUGAGUUUAUAACCAGACAGAAGAUCAGAUACUUGGAAGGACAUUAUCACUGUGAUGAUAUUUGUUGUAGCAUGUUUUGUGUGUAUUUUAUCUUAUUUAUCUAGUAUUGUGUACCGUUUGUGUUUGACAUGUUGCUUGAAUCCUUGCCCUGUGCUAGCAUCCACAGACGGCUGUCUUCGUUACGAGUCCUUCUUUCGCCACUGAACAAAGAUACAUAAGAUAGGAGCAUUUUUUUGAAAGAAUUUUUGCCAUAGUUAUAUUUUUAUGGGCCAUGAGUUUGUAAGUUUUUCUUUGUUCAGGGAAGUAUUUACCCUAUACUUUACACCAUUAACAAAACAUAUCGUAAAAGAAGUACUAUUGGUUUUUACUUUAUUUUUUUUUUUGUUUUCUAUGAAUUUCAUUUUGUCAAAAACUUAUGUUUAUCAUUUGUGCAUAAAUUUUUCUGAUUGUAACAUUAUGUUCAAACAUAUCCAGUGGAAUAUUUUUGCUUGAUGUAUUCCAAAGAAUUUCCUGUGAACAUAACAAACCUCAAAUAACAAAAUAAAAAUAAAAAUUUAAAAAAAUGCAUCAUCUCAGCUAUUGUUCCAAAAGUAGUCUUAUGAACUGUAGUGAGUUUACAGCAAGUUUUUCUCAGACUAACGAAAAGCCAAUCACGUUGCUCAGAACUGUCACUGAAAGUGUCGCUAGCAGUCUCCACAAGGAGCCCCCAUACAGACGUUGUCUCCCACACGGGUUGGUUGCUGGUAGUCUGCCCGGUAGCUUGCAGUGAAUGGGUUAACUUUCACGAGACCACGAGAGCGUGUUGUAGGCCUAUUUUUGAAAAAACUCGUCUCACCGAAGCUUCAGACUACUAAGUGUUGUGUGCCAACUCGUUGGAGUGUCAAUGCCCUCAGUUCUGGGCAAUUUUGUAAUUUUAAUAGUUUUAGAAUUUUAGUUGCUUGUUUAGUAAGUAAAAUAUUAUGUACUACAAAAGAAUAUGACGUAACUUACACUGUGUGUUCACGUGCUGGUCUGUGCACUGCAUGGCUGUACAGUUUCUUUGACUUCUAUCACCUGUUUGGCAUUGAGUAAACUUCAUCCUGUUUUGAAUGUAAUAUUUCUUGUAUCUUUGUUCCUACGUGUGUGUGACGUGUGUAAAUAGUUAUUGAAAAGUGUUGUCGUAGAUAGCAAGGUACGAGAAUAAACCGUUUCCAAAAUU